UUACGCACACGAUCAACCGCGGAGUAACACCAGAGUCCGAGCAGCUCUUUGUCACGUUAUGACAGUUUAUUGAGCAGCGCGCGACCGACUGCAAUUUUGAGCAAUCUGAGAUCGAUACACUUUUUCUCCGAGGCUGCAGAGUUGAUUGCUAGCUCGCUUCUGUCGCGCGUAAAACCAAUUUGGCGCGUUGGGAAGCAACAAACCCGCUGCAAAGUCUCGGAUUUUUGAGCAAAAAAACAACGAGAUGGAAAACUUUACAGCAGCUCCGGAGAUGAACCACACUCUGAAGGUUUGGACGGACUACAGCAUCCAGUACAAAGUGAUCAGCAGUUUACUUCUUUUAGUGAUUUGCGCUUUAGGAAUCGUUGGCAACGUGAUGGUGAUCCUGGUGGUGCUUACAACCAAACACAUGAGGACUCCGACCAACUGCUACCUGGUGAGUUUGGCGGUGGCUGAUCUGAUGGUGCUGACAGCGGCGGGUUUACCCACAAUCACCGACAGCAUCUUUGGAUCUUGGGUGUUUGGUCACUACGGGUGCCUCUGCAUCACCUACUUCCAGUACCUCGGGAUCAACGCGUCCUCGUGCUCCAUCACAGCGUUCACCAUCGAGAGAUACAUCGCCAUCUGCCACCCGAUUAAAGCGCAGUUUCUGUGCACCCUUUCCAGGGCCAAAAAGAUAAUUUUAUUCGUCUGGGCUUUCACCUCUCUGUACUGCGUGAUGUGGUUCUACCUAUCAGACAUCCAGGAGCAGGUGUACGACAACAUCACCAUAAUCACGUGCGGCUACAGAGUCCCCAGGAAGUAUUAUUUACCCAUUUACUUCUUUGAUUUCGGCGUCUUUUUCGUGGUGCCGCUGCUGCUCUCCGCGGUUCUGUACGGACUCAUCGCCCGGAUCCUGUUUCUCAACCCGCUGCCGUCCGACCCGAAGGACAAGAAGAACGGACACAACAACCACACCAACAACAAGAGGACAAGCUGCAAGAACUCCCGUCACUCCAGCUCCACCGCGACCUCCCGCAGGCAGGUGACCAAGAUGCUGGCCGUGGUGGUGGUCCUGUUCGCCGCACUCUGGAUGCCGUAUCGCACUCUGGUGGUGGUCAACUCCUUUCUGGACCGGCCCUAUCUGGACAACUGGUUCCUGCUCUUCUGCCGGAUCUGCAUCUACCUCAACAGCGCCAUCAACCCCGUCAUCUACAACGCCAUGUCUCAGAAGUUCCGCGCCGCUUUCCGCAAGAUCUGCGGCUGCGGGAGGAAAGGCUCGGACAAACCCGCGGCCUACAGCGUCGCCCUCACGUACAGCGCGGUCAAGGACACGUCGAUGGUGGAGAGCACCGAUCACUUCACGACAGAGCUAGAGGAGCUCACGGUCACAGAUGAGCUGCUGUCCGAUCAGAAAAUGAUGUACCCAGACCCCUGUGUGUACGGGAAGGUCAACUUCAGCGAGGCCUGAGGUUCGUUUGAUGCCUGCGGACAAUUCUGCGUGUCAAUGGACGAGUAAAGAGUUUGAAAAUCUUGCUCACUCUGUUAAGAGGGAAUAUUGUUUCCUGAGUGCCUGCUGACCUUUUUCAGAGCCGGGCUGUUUUGGUUGGAGAUGUAAACACAGAUUACCGCCACUGAUGCGUGAUGACACAAAGCCGAGACUGAUCCCGGACAUCAUAGAGCAACAAACACCGUCUGAUAAGCACUCCAGCUGUUAUCUUCUCACGGACCCUCCCACAUCAUAAACAGUGUGUGAGUCAACAAAACAUGAAUGUGAACAAAAACACCACUCCCACUUCAGGUGCACGCUUUGCCACGAUCCAGAUCAGCACUUCAGAUCGUUAAAGCUGCACAGCGGGAGGUAAAUAUGAACCCAAAUACCCAGAAAUCCUGCAAAGUGCCCAGGAAACAUACAUGUUCACUAAUAAAGCUGCUUAGUGAUGUUGUUACACCAAAGAAUUCCAAAAAGAUGACAGAAGCAACAGAAUUCCCCUCAUGCUUUGCCUGGAUGCUCCCACAUUGCGUAUUUUCAUGUUCUUACUUCCCGUUUAGCGGAAAUGCAAUUACUUUCCUUGGCGUCACAAGCUUGAAAAAGAAGCCUUAGCCUUGACGUGCCCCAUAAUUUUAAUUGUCGCACAGCCAUCUGGGGAAGCAUAUUGUAUCGUUUAUCGCUACAAAAAAAAUUUCUGCAGAUCACAAACUGGCCUAGGCGCUUGGCAUCACACCACAUCCAGUCUCAACAGCCCAAGCGAUUAACACUGGCGGCAUUAGAAAACGGGCAGCGCUCCAUGGAAAAUCGGCAUGCUUGAGCCCGUCUCCCGUGUGAACCCCGCGUAACAGGUGAGACGUAUGUGAGCAGCAACAGGAGCGCAUAACACCUGCAACCCUGGAUUUCUAUGGUGAAGAAAUCAGGAUUCUUCACGACAUGGAAAGACGAGCGCCCAGCGAUCACGUGGUUAGCUCAAUCUGUCGACAGUUAGCUCGUUAAAUCCUACUAGCAGUUGUGUCGAGAGAUUUUGCUUUUUGGUUUCUCAUAGCGGAGCCAUCUACACAAAGACACCACAAAGUAAUUUAAAAAGUCCUCAUUGGCAGUUGUCCUCCCAGUCAAUAGGCGGGUUUCCAUUAACACUCAAAUUGUGCAAACUGAAAUUGCGAAUCUA